AAUUCAGCUCACCGAACAAGUCUAUAAUCUGUCGAUAAAUUAUCAAAAUAAAAAGUGGAUUAAGUUUCUUAGUUGCUAUUGUCAUUGUACAAUGGCUAUUGUUUACUAAUAAAAUACUUUCACUUGAUCUUAGAAAAGAAACUAAAUAAACAUUUUCCUAACACACAGAGAAGGCAAUUUGUGGCCGAAAUGGAUGAACGAAAUUUCCGUUCAAGUUAUUAUGAAAAAGUGGGAUGUUAUUCGGUAGAAGAAAAGAAGUCACUAAACAAACUUCUACAAGACAAUAUACGCAAUCAUUCUAAACUGAAACAGUUUUGCCUUAGCUAUACAGUGCCUACAGCACAACGAGGUCUAUUAUGGAGCAUAAUACUUGGUGUAUUGCCUUUACAUAAAAAUUCAAUGGAUUAUAUAUUGGAGCAGCGUACUGCUGUUUACGAGGAUUUGCUUCGCGCUGUUACUAUGAUGCAAUAUAUUGAUCAAACUACUCCGAAGAGUAGAGUUCUGCAAACGAUGUGGCUUUUAGAGAAUGGUCGACUAUUGCAUCCUUUAAUUGGGCCACCCGAAGAUGACAACAACUUUAUGGAAAUUGUCAAAGUGCUUCUGCAAAUAUUCGAUAAUGACGUUGAGACGUAUUGGAUAGCGAAGGAGUUUUUCGCUUGUACAAAAGAAGUGGAAAAUGAGUGUGAAAAACUGAAAGAACUUACGCAGACGCUUCUAAUGCGUGAAGAUAUUGAGUUAAACAACCACUUGGAAAAACUUGGUGUAUUCAACCCAGGAGAAAUUUUAGAAAAAUGGUACGUUACCUGUUUCGCAGGAGUGAUUACUGACACGGCAUUAGUGAAAAUAUGGGACAAGAUAUGUGGAGGUUCAAGAAAGAUAGUAGUUUUUGUAUUCUUGGAGUUGGUUAAAACCCUAAGGAAACUUAUUUUAGUUUGUAAUUCAACAGUCGGCAUAAAGAAUCUUAUUGAACAGGUAAAAGAUCAGGAUUCCACAAUCGUUAACAAAGCAAUCAAAACUUGGCAGAGUAAUAAGAAUCACAAUGAAAUUACAGUACACUGAUAAAGAGAUAUCGUUAAGACUGCGCUUUAUUUUGUUAAUACAUCUCUUUGAAUGAACAUCUCAAAUUAACUUAAAUAUACUUGAAUAUAACAUCAUU